CUUCACAUGUUCAACCACAUCCCUGACCGCAAUCCGCCAAAUUACGUUGCGCCAAUAAGAGAUUGCGCCCUGGCCCAGAUACUCGUCUGCGGCCCCUCUCGGCAUCCCCGCAUCAGGGUGUUACACCUAGACGGUACUUGACAUGCGUGGCAAUCCUGUUCAUCUUUCGUUAGCAAAUGGCAAUCAUGGAGGUGCGGGAAUUCUUCCUCACCUCUUUCAUUGGGCUACAGCGAAUCGACUAGCUCCUGUCUCUGGAGCGUUGAUGCUUCUCUUGGGAUUUCUUGCCUGCCUCUAUCACCCUUCUGGAUCCCUCGGAAUCCUUAGACGUAAACUCGGUUGCCCAUUUCCUAUAAUCUGCGUCCGUUGUUCCAGUGGUAGUGGUGCCAGUCGUAGUGCCAGUCGAAGUGCCAGUGGUAGUGGUGCCAGUGACAGUGCCGCCAGUGCUGCCACCAGCAGCGGUGUUGUUGGUGUUGCUGGAGCUACUCAUGAUUGCUGGUGUCUUGUUGGUAUUCGGAUGAGGUUGUUGUGUGUGAUUGUUGGUGCUGAAGAACCGAGCAAACCUCCAUGGACUCGCAUCUCAGUCACCUUUUAUAUCUCGGUCGAGCCAUAGCAUCCAUUCACGCGCAUCACAUCCUGUUAGAAAUGUGCAGAUGCCGAGCACUUGCUCGACCAAUAUUGCAUCUACAUGUGAACGCGACAAGGGGUCGAUGCCAUGUCACCUUGGCCCGCUCCGUGUAGAGACGUAUUCAUCGCAUCCUCGUCAACCUUGGAAGUAGAAAAAGCACCACACCGUUGAAGUCUUGUGAAAAGCGACGACUUGGGCGCAUGUACAGGUGAAAUUCCCCGCUCGCCUCCCUUGUUGUAUACAUCAAUACAAGGUCACCGGUACCACAAGCUGAGGUGAUGGCAAUACCAGCUCAAAGAUC